AUGACGCGUUGUGCUACCCUUGUACUAGUGCUAGCUGUAGUCGCUGUCAUUUUGACGCCUUCAAACCCUUGGAGACGUCGUAGAAGACGGCGGUUUAUCUGUAAGCCUACGGACUGUAAGUUAAGCCAGUGGAGUGCUUGGGCCGCUUGCAGCCGUACUUGCAAAGGGGGCACAACUACGCGCACUCGCCAAAUAGCCUAUCAUGAGUCUUGUGGAGGAAGUUGUCCUUCGCACCCGCUGAACGAAACGAGAAGCUGUAAUAUACAGCAGUGCUGUCCAGUCGACUGUGCUUACUCCUGGAGUGCAUGGAGUGCAUGUACUGGAUGCGGGAUCUCAACCAAAUCGCGGACCCCAUUCAUCAAAGUGCGCAAUUCGUGUAAUGGAAAAGCUUGUCCAGGAAAGGAAACACAGUCUUGUAAAACUGGAAAGUGA